CUGUUCAUCACGCAUGCGUGCUAAUAUUUGCUCCGGAGAUGCACUUGAGGUCUAUAUAUACGCGCUAUAUUACUGGCAUAUCUCGGCAUCCAUCCUCGCCAAGAGUCUACUCCGGUGGCCGUCUUUCUCACCUCGCUUCCCUGUCUUCCUGCCCUCCGGCCCGCCAUGGAGUGCACGAACGGCUUCCGCACGACGCAGAGCGCCGACGGCCCGGCGACGAUCUUGGCCAUCGGCACCGCGAACCCCAGCAACGUCAUCGACCAGAGCGCUUAUCCUGACUUCUACUUUCGGGUUACCAACUCGGAGCACUUGCAGGAUCUCAAAGCCAAGUUCAGACGCAUCUGUGAGAAGGCGGCGAUCAAGAAGCGGCACUUGUAUCUGACGGAGGAGAUCCUGAGGGAGAACCCGAGCCUGUUGGCUCCCAUGGCGCCCUCCUUCGACGCGCGUCAGGAGAUCGUGGUGACCGCAGUGCCGGAGCUGGCCAAGGAGGCCGCCGCCAAGGCCAUCAAGGAGUGGGGGCGCCCCAAGUCGGACAUCACUCACCUCGUCUUCUGCUCCGCCAGCGGCGUCGACAUGCCCGGUUCCGAUCUCCAGCUCCUCAAGCUCCUCGGCCUGCCCAUGUCCGUCAGCCGCGUCAUGCUCUACAACGUCGGCUGCCACGCCGGCGGCACGGCGCUCCGCGUCGCCAAGGACCUCGCGGAGAACAACCGUGGCGCCCGUGUGCUUGCCGUCUGCUCCGAGAUCACCGUGCUCUCCUACCGCGGCCCCGACGCCGCCCACAUGGAGAGCCUCAUCGUGCAGGCCCUAUUCGGCGACGGGGCGGCGGCGCUCGUCGUGGGGGCGGACCCGGUCGAGGGGGUCGAAAGGCCCAUCUUCGAGGUGGCGUCGGCGUCGCAGGUGAUGCUCCCGGAGAGCGCGGAGGCGGUGGGGGGCCACCUCCGGGAGGUCGGCCUCACCUUCCACCUCAAGAGCCAGCUGCCGGCCAUCAUCGCCAGCAACAUCGAGCAGAGCCUGGCGGCGGCGUUAGCGCCGCUGGGCCUCUCGGACUGGAACCAGCUAUUCUGGGUGGUGCACCCGGGCGGGCGGGCCAUCCUGGACCAGGUGGAGGCGCGGCUGGAGCUGCACAAGGAUCGCCUCGGGGCGACUCGCCACGUGCUUAGCGAGUACGGAAACAUGCAGAGCGCCACGGUUCUCUUCAUCCUGGACGAGAUGCGGAAGCGGUCGGCGGCGGCGGGCCAAGCCACCACCGGCGACGGUCUCGACUGGGGCGUGCUCCUCGGCUUCGGCCCGGGCCUCUCCAUCGAGACCGUCGUCCUCCACAGCGUGCAAAUCUAGUCUUCCAUAUCAAGCAAACCCCUAAACGGAUCGAGGCACUUGCGGGAUCUCAGACACCCGUCAACGACACACUCUGAAAUCGAGUCCAAAACUCUCCGACCACUGUUCAUACUUAUUAUUAUCGGUGGCAGAAUACUUCACUUGUUUU